AGCAGAUCUUAGAAGAGUUUGCUCGUCUGUCAUGUUUAUAAAGUACGGCAAAUGCAAACUUACAGGAAUGUGAUUUAUUUUCAUAAUCAUACACACCAUUGUAGUAUGAUAUGGCAGUGGAAGCGUUUGUUAAAAAGCAACUGGAACUGAUCAACCUUGAAAGACAGGAGGAAAUAGAAGAGACAAGAGUGUUCCAAGAGAAUCUCCCUCUAAAAGAACUGCAACAAAGGGGAGUAUGUCUACUUAAAUUGCACAUCACCAGUCAAUACACUGGCCUGUAUGGGCGGAAGCUAGUUGUUUUUGAAGGUCCACAAACCAACACCAAUGGCUCCUUACCAGCUCAUAGCUUUUCUCCAGGUGUCAUUGUUGGUGUAUCAUCCUCCAAUGGCGAUAACUCAGGAUCCAAUCAGCUAUCUGGUAUUGUGUCACGUGUUACAGAUAAACUAAUCACAGUUGCGUUUGAUUCUGGUGAAGAUCUGCUGUCAUUGGACGAUUCAGGGGUUUACCGGUUGAAUAAACUUUCCGAUGAUGUCACAUUUAGAAGAAUUAAAAAAGCACUCGCAGCUUUGGAAUCUCACCAGCCAGGUCCAGCUUCCCAUUUAAUAGAUGUCUUAUUCGGAGAGGUGACUCCAAGUUCAAACCCUACCCCACCCCCUAUAAAGUCAGGAGAUGCAGAAGCAGCAGACAGACAAGGAACAGAAUUGCGUUUUAUCAACGAGAAACUAGAUGAGUCGCAACAAGAGGCUGUGAGAUUCUCGCUAUGCCAACGUGAGGUUGCUGUGAUUCAUGGUCCACCCGGUACGGGCAAGACAACGACAAUCAUCGAGGUCAUCCAACAAGCAGUUCAACGCAAAAUGAAGGUCUUAGCUUGUGCUCCUUCAAAUGUUGCAGUUGACAACCUUGUUGAAAGACUAGCCCAGUCAAAGGUUAAGAUAAUUAGGUUGGGUCAUCCGGCUCGAGCACACCGUGGAAUCCAGAAGUACUCCCUGGAUGCCAUCUUAUCAGUCAGCGAAGCUACCAAGAUCGUACAGGAUGUUAGGAGAGACAUUGACAAAACUCAGGCAAGUAUGGCUAAGAGUAAAGAUAAGGAAGAGAGACGAAAACUUCGCACAGAGUCCAAACACCUCCGCCAAGAGUUAAAGCAAAGGGAGGCGAAAGCAAUGCGUGAAAUUCUAACACAUGCAGAUGUUGUCUUGGCAACAACAACAAGUGCUUCACGAGAGGGUCCACUAUAUAACGUACCUAAAGAACACUUUGAUCUGGUGGUUGUGGAUGAAUGUGCUCAGGCCCUGGAAGCAAGUUGCUGGAUCCCCUUGCACAACGCUGCCAAGUGUAUACUCGCCGGAGACCAUCAACAGCUGCCAGCCACAAUCAAGUCAAACAAAGCUGCUAAAGAAGGACUUGCAAUUUCACUGAUGGAACGGGUGUUGGAUCUGCAUGGCGAUAGCGUGAUGCGGAUGUUGUCAGUGCAAUAUCGCAUGAAUGAUGACAUCAUGCGAUGGCCAUCAGAACAACUUUAUGAUGGCAAACUUUUAUCCCACGAAUCAGUUUCAGAUCAUUUACUCAAGGACCUUGCACAUGUUGCAGAGACAGAGGACACAUGUAUCCCACUGUUGCUAGUAGACACCGCUGGUUGUGACAUGCACGAACUAGACCUUCCGGAUGAAAUAUCGCGUGGUAACGAAGGUGAAGCUGAUUUAGUUGCUGCUCAUAUUGAGCGAUUAUUAUCAUCUGGUCUUCGAUCAUCGGAAAUAGCUGUAAUAUCACCAUACAAUCUGCAGGUUGAUCUUGUUCGCUUAAGAAUUUCUGCUAAGUAUCCAGACUUGGAGAUCAAAUCUGUUGAUGGAUUUCAAGGAAGAGAAAAGGAAGCAGUCAUCAUCUCCCUUGUGCGUUCCAAUACCAAAGGUGAAGUUGGCUUUCUUGCCGAGAAUCGACGUAUCAACGUUGCCAUAACACGUGCCAGACGACAUCUUGCCGUAUUCUGCGAUUCUGAAACUGUUAGCCAUCAUGAAUUCCUAAAAUCAUUGGUAAAUUACAUAAACAGUAAUGGUGAAGUGAGAAGUGUAUUUCACUAUCAGAAUGAAAUGAAUCAAUGGGAUGAUGUUCCUAGGCCUGAUUACAUUGACUUCAGUGGUCUUCAGAAAGUGUCUGCCGUCAAGAAAGUUAAGCCCACAACUGGUUCAAGAUGUCAGAAUCCUAGGCCUAAGCAAAGUCAGAAGAAAGGAAAUACUCAGAAGGGAGAAGGAAGGGGAAAAUCUGCUACCAAGAAUACAGCUAGUAUUAGAGAACAAUCAUCAGUUGCAAAAGGAGGAAUGCAGUGUCUGACUGAAAAAGAGAUUCAAACUCAAGUUGAGGAAUUUUUAAAUGAUAACAGCAGAAUGGCCAUGGCCUUCUCUACAAACCUGAACUCAAAAGAAAGAUUUCUAGUUCAUGAGAUUGCAGAAAGACUUGGGCUUAUUCAUGUCAGUACAGGUGAAGAUAACAUGCGUCAUAUCAGCAUUAGUAAAAAGCAAACCAAAGAAAAAGCAGCUCACCCGUCAAAUGAUACCCAAUCAAUGCCAAUGAAAAUGAAGAGUAAAAAAAAUAAAAAACAUUCAAGCUCUCCAGAAAUGGCAGCUAAAGAGGAAGUAGAAGGUAUGACCCCUGAGGGAGCAGCUGCUGUUGAAGACAACAUCGAAAAAGUUGAUGCCUCAAGUAUUAGGAAUUGUCAGUACUGCAAAAAGGAAGUAAACCUUGGCAAUCUCUUGUUGCAUGAACUUCAGUGCGAGAAAAUGCAUAUAAAGAAAUUGAAAGAUAAUGAUAAAUCAGUGACAAAAAAGAAAGCAAAACAAAAUCAAAAGAAAGUGAUAGAGAAAGUGGACGGUGAUGACUUUGAGGCUCUUAUUGCUGCAGCUGUUAAAGGAGACAACACAUGCAAUUUUGUAAAAUGCAAGGAAAAAAUAGCACUUAUUGGUCAACUGUGUAUUUUUUGCAACCGGAGAUAUUGUUUGUCUCACCACAUGCCAGAGAUUCAUGGUUGUGGGGACAAGGCACAUGCUCGAGCACGCAACCAACUUCAGAGAGAGAAGGUGUUUAGAAAUGGUAGUGGGACAAAAGAGAAAAAGAUUGACCCUGCCAGAAAAGCUAAUCUUCAAAGAAAAUUAGAUGCAAAGACUACCGAGAUGGAAGCUUUGCGUAAGAGGAAAGAUCAUAAAAAGUAAUAGAUAUUUAACCAUGUGU